CAGUAGUACAACAUCCAGUGCAGACAGUCCAGUCCCAUGGAAGGUUAAACAGCUCAAGUUUCUACCUGUUUCUUUGAGACUCUUCUCUUUUUUUUUUUUUUUUGAGACCACGUAGUAAAAUUGCCAAGUCGAAUCUAUUUCCAUUUCCAGGUAUCACCACUACCAAACCACUAGGAACAAUUAUACAAUCACACAUAACCCCCUUUCUAGAACCCACUUCAGACAAAAUGGCUGCCCUCAAGGUUGGUGACGCUUUCCCCGACGGUGUCUCGUUCACCUACGUUCCUACGGGGGGCAAGAAGGAGGAUGUUACCGCUUGCGGCAACGGUAUCAAGUACAACGCCAGCACCGAGGCCAAGGACAAGAAAAUUGUCAUCGUCAGUGUUCCGGGUGCUUUCACCCCUACGUGCCAGGAGCAGCACCUCAAGAGCUACGUCGAGAAGAAGGACGAGCUCAAGGCCAAGGGCGUUGACAAGGUCGUCUUCAUUGCAUACAACGACCACUGGGUAAUGAGCGCCUGGGGCAAGGCCAACGACAUCUACGAUGACUUCAUCAUCUUUGCCUCUGACGACGGCAUCAGCUUUUCCAAGAGCAUCGGCUGGAACCUCGGUGACAGCGGCCGUACUGCCAGGUACGCCAUCGUCGUCGACCACGGAAAGGUUACCUACGCCGAGAAGGAGGAGGCCGGCGGCAUCGCCGUCUCGGGCGCUGAGGCCGUCUUGGCCAAGCUGUAGAUACGGAAUCAUUCCGUAAGCCCUAAAAGUAAAAUAAGUAAUAGGCGCGGACACUUAGGACACCUCUAAAAAAAAGCACAAGUUCCGCAUUUUUUGCUCUCUGAAUAACCCAUGCAAAUCCCUGGUUUUAAAAUGAUUCCAUGCUACCGG